UAAAAUUUCUCUGCACGUUAAUAGAGGAAGGCGACAAAAUGCAGAUUUUUGUCAAAACACUCACUGGUAAGACCAUUACUUUGGAGGUCGAACUCUCUGACAUCAUCGAAAAUGUUAAGGCUAAGAUCCAAGAUAAAGAGGGUAUCCCACCAGAUCAACAACAUUUGAUCUUCGCUGGCAAGCAAUUGGAGGAUGGUCACAUUUUGUCCGACUACAACAUCCAGAAGAAGUCAACCCUUCAAUUGGUGUUGCGUCUACGUGGUGGUAUCAUUGAACCUUCAUUGCGUAUCUUGGCGCAAAAAUACAAUUCCGAUAAGAUGAUCUGCCGCAAGUGCUACGCUCGUCUGCCUCCACGUGCGACCAAUUGCCGCAAGAAGAAGUGUGGGCACAACAACUUGCGUCCCAAGAAGAAGUUGAAGUAG